AUGGCGUCAGGAGACAAGCACGAACUGAACGAACCUUGGGCGAUAUGGGAGCAGCGUGAGCAAGGCAAAAACAUGUCCUAUGGCGAUAAACUUUUUAAACUCUGUACAUUCAGCACUGUUGAGGAAUUCUGGGGCUAUUGGAACAAUAUUCCGUCGCCCAGUCAGGUGCUAUUUGACGGCUUUACCCGAAAGAAAUUUGUGGACCGAACAGUCGAAGGUUUUGCUGUCUUUAAGGACGGUAUUGUGCCCGAGUGGGAGGAUCCAGAGAACAAAAACGGCGGCGAGUGGUCUAUCCGAAAAGAGGUUGGAGCACAAGAGCUUGACGAAUUCUGGGAGAAACUAGUGCUAGGUGCCAUUGGUGAACAGAUUGACCCGGGCAAUGAAGUCACAGGUGUCCGAGUCAUACACAAGAAUAACAAGAAGGAUAAAAAGGAUGCGGGUAACAACUACCGUUUUGAAAUUUGGCUUCGUGGUGUUAGCCGCGCUAAGGCCGAUGAGAUCCGCAACAAGACCCUUGAGGUUGUCAACCCGGGCAGUUCAGGUGCACCAUGGGUGUCGAAUGAAUUUUUGUACAAGAAACACUAA